UUUGGAACCUGUUGCAGGCGCUAACCACAGUGUCAGUGUGUGUGGACUAACGGCUGACGGUAGACACGGCUAGCUCAAACACUCUCACACACGGACACUGGUACAGGUAGACACGGCUAGCUCAAACACUCUCACACACGGACACUGGUACAGGUAGACACGGCUAGCUCAAACACUCUCACACACGGACACUGGUACAGUAUGGGAGCCAGAUGCAGAGCAGUUUGAAGGAAUUCACCUCGGACUGCUGCUAUCGGAUUGGAUCAUGUUUCCUGACUAUGUGUAUGUGAGAGGGCAGCAUGCAGUCGGCUCCAGCAGGUUUGUGGGACCCCCAUGGGCCCCAGUCUGAAGAUGGCUCCCCCCUCCCCCUGCUUCCACCCUCCGCCUCUCACCUCCCCCAUGUGAUCGCCGCGCCACCAGCUAAGCGAAUCACCUUCUACAAGAGAGGUGACGAUAAGUUUGCAGGUGUGAGGAUGGCCGUCCACAAACGCAGCUUCAAAUGCUUUGACGCACUACUGGACGACCUUUCGCAGAAGGUGCCCUUGCCUUUUGGGGUCCGCACUGUCACCACCCCCAGAGGAACCCACAGUAUUAAACAUCUAGAGCAGCUGGAGGACGGGGGGUGCUACCUCUGCUCUGACAGGCGGCAGGCUAAACCAAUCAACAUGGAGCUGGCUGGCAAACGCCCCGCCCUCUGGCACCACCCCAGCCGCCGAGUGCCACAGCGACCAGCUGAAGACCCUUGCCCUCCCACUGCUCCAAGCCACACCCCUACACGGCAGCGGCGCAUCCUAUUGGUCAGAAACAGCGACCCCGCGGUGAGGAGGAGUGUGAUUCUGAGCCGCCGCUCGACCCGAAGCCUCCGAGUGUUUCUGGAAGACAUCUCGGAACUGAUGCAGUGUCACGUCAGGAAAUUAUACACACUGGAGGGACGCAAGAUUGACAGUGCACAGAGCCUGAUGACGUGUCCAGGUGUGUUGGUGUGUGUGGGUCGAGAGCCCUUCAGACCUCUACUUCUGGAGUACGUAACCAAGAGCUCUGAGGAGAAACUUCCAGGACUGGGGACGCGGUCAACUGGAAACGGGGCCCGCUCACCUGGUACUGGAGCCCGCUCACCUGGUAACGGAAAAGGGUCACGGUCUAGUGUCUGCAGCGAGGGACACGACAACAAGAAGAACGUGAACUUUGGUCUGGAGACUAAGAAGAGCAUCAUCCAUCCUCGCUUAGACUCUUCAAACCGCUCCACCCGUUUCUCUCUGUCCUCGGAGAAGUCCUGCGCUAACGGCCUCUGUCCCCACUCCCACAGCGGCAGGGAGGCGGUGCUUAACGAUGACAUCGAGAAGCGGGUACUGGUGAACAAAGACGGCAGCCUGUCUGUGGAGAUGAGGGUGCGGUUCAAUCUCCACAACGAUGAGACUCUUCAGUGGUCCACGGAGAUUAAGAAGUCUCCCUCUGACUCUCUGACCAACGACUGCUGUCCGCUCAGGGAAGCUCAGCCCUGCUACCUACAGCAGGGCCAAUCGGAAAGCUGCUCGGACCAUGACUACGGUUUUUGUGUUGCUGAAGCUGCCGACUACGCACCCAAGCCUCCACAGCGCUCCCUGAAGGAGCCACAGCCCCGCUGUGCCUGCUGCUACCAGAGACCUGACCCGGAGUAUGACCUCUGGGAAAACCCCGCCCACAUCCAGACCUCUAAGCACUCCCAUUCCAGGGUUAGACACACCCACUCCUCUAGCUCCUCCUCCUCCUGCCGCUCCAGCAGGGUGGUGAGGAGACGGGCGACCCACAAGGAGGGCUCGGAGCCCGGAAGGGUUGUCCAGGAGUGCUGUGUCAGGGAAGAGGUACAACGUCGGGUGGAGGUGGAGAGGGACGGAGGAAUGGUGGAGGUGUGUACAGUCAGCCGUAGCUGCAGCCGCAGCGAACUCAAUCUGAGUGCCCCAGACAACCAGGGGGAGGAGCGUCCUCCGUCUAGCUCCUCCCGCAUACUCCAAGCGCUUCAGGAAGAUGUGGAUGCCCUCCCUCCCAGCGCCUCACGCUGCUGCCAUAGCAACGACCCCCCACAACCGCUCCCUUUGACUUCGCGUCCUCCCAGCCACUUGUCCAAUUACUCCAGGAGCAGGAACCACACCCCUGCCCCUGCCCCACAGCGAGAGGAGAGGGGAGAGGUGGAAGAGGAAAGGUGUGACAUGGGUGAGGAGAGGGCUAGCAGAGCCUCCUCCCGGCGCUCUUGUCACUCCUGUUCCUGCCGUGGUGGAGAAGUCACCCCUCAGGCCCACCAGGAGAGGGCGGACAGCCAAGCCUCCCACAGAUCUUUCAAUAGAAUCACAACCCCUGUGGCUUCAGAGGAGGGAGAUGAUGAAGAGGAGGAGGAGGAGAGGGCAGUCAGCGUAAUGUCCACUCACACCGGUCUCUCCGGGGGAUCGGGUGGGUCAUUGGGUUCUAUGGGGUCCAUUGUGUGUUCUCACUGUGGUGGGUGUGACCAUAGGUCCAGCCCUGCAUCCUGCCCUUCACAGAGGUCACAGCGAUCUAAAUGUGAAGGGGAGAGGUCAGGGAGCGGACUCUCGGGUGGCUCAGAUGAGUCUGGUUUUUCUCAGAGGACCAACAGGUCCAACUGUACCCACUACUACCAAGAGGGUCGAGCAGCCAGCAGAAUGUCACACCUGUCUCUUCCCGAGGAGGGAGAGGAUACAGGGAAGGAGGGAGAGGAUACAGGGAAGGAGGGAGAGGAUACAGGGAAGGAGGGAGAGGAUACAGGGAAGGAGGGAGAGGAUACAAGGAAGGAGGGAGAGGAUACAGGGAAGGAGGGAGAGGUGGAGGUUGGCGAGAAGAGAGAAGAGGGGGAGAAAGACGAGAGAGCAGUCAGUGUCCUCUCAGCUAAAUCCUUCUCUUCAGUCAAAGGCAGGAACUCCAGAACCUCCCAUAAGUCUAAGGCUUCAGAAUCCCUUGCAGACAUGGAGGAAGAGAUGGAGGGAGAGAUGGAGGGAGAGAUGGAGGGAGAGAUGGAGGGAGAGAUGAAGGGAGAGAUGGAGGAAGAGAUGGAGGGAGAGAUGAAGGAAGAGAUGGAGGGAGAAGUGGAAGACAGAAGAGAGCAGAGACCAUCAAGCGCCAUGUCAGCUAAAUGUAACCUCUCAGUAAAGUCCAACAGGUCCCAUAAGUCCUACGGAAGCAAAUCCGAACGGGCGCCUUCCCCCAAAUUACCAGAUGCAACAGCUACUGACGAGGUGGGAGAGGAGAGACCAGCAAGUGCCAUGUCAACUAAAUCAAACCUCUCAGCCAAGUCUAGCAGGUCUCAUAAGUCCACCUGUAGCAAAACAGAUGGGUCCACAAAAGUUUCAGAGAGGGCAGCAUCUCCCAGAUCAGAACCAGAAGCUGCUGAGGAUACAGGAGCAGCAGAGACAGAGGACAGAGAAGCCAGUGUUAUGUCAAAUAAAACCUGUGUUUCAGCAAAGUCCAGCAGAUGUCAUGUCAAGUCUAGGGCUGCUUCUGUCAGCUCUGACACACCCGACGUCCCUGACAUUGAGACAACCGGUGAAGGUGAAGAGGCAGAAGAGGGCGAGAAAACAGAGGAGAGGGCAGAGAGCGCCAUGUCAGCUAAAUCUAACCUCUCGGUAAAGUCCAGCAGGUCCCAUAAGUCCACCUACAGCAAAGCAGAACAGGCCCCUUCCCCGAUUCAGAGGCGCCAGAAACUGCCUGGUCUAGAUGAGGAGGGAGAGGAGAGAGCAGCGAGUGCCAGGUCAAUUAAAACCAGUGACUCAGUAAAGUCCAGCAGGUCCCAUAAGUCGAACCAUAAAGCUGCCUCUCCAAAGCCAGCCGCUUGUGAAACGCCAGUCAACGAUCCAUCGGAGGACACGGAGGAACAGAGAGCAUCAGGUGAAACCAGGGCUUCUGUCAGGUCUAGCAGGUCUCAGAAGUCUACCUGUAGUAGGAGGGCUGAGACACCUGUCGCUAAAGACAUCCCUGCUAUUGAAACAACAGAAGGAGAUGAGAAUGGGUCUGCUGCCGCCGCAGGAGACGCAGAGGAGAGACCGGCGAGCGCUACGCCAGCUAAAAUGAACGUUUCAGUUAAGUCUAGCAGAUCUCACAAGUCUACCAAACCUUCAGAGAGGGUUGUCUUUAAAGGGGCUAACAUCCUGGCUAUUGAAACAACGGGGAAGUCUAGCAGAUCUCAUAAGUCCACCUGCAGCAAAGCAGAACGGGCCUCUUCCCCCAACUCACCAGCAGAACUUGCCCCUUCUCCCAACUCACCAGAGGUACCAGCUUCUGCUGUAGAUGAGGAGGGAGAGAGAGCAGCGAGCACCGUGUCUGCUAAAACCAGUGCUUCAGUCAAGUCCAGCAGAUCCCACAAGUCUACCUGCAGUAGGAAUGUCAGGGCUGAGACACCAGGGACUAAAAACAUCCCUGUUAUUACGACGACAGGGGGAGAGGAGACGGUUGAUGAUACUAUUGUUGCUGGAGACACAGAGGAGAGACCGGCAAGCGUCAUCUCAGCUAAAACCAGUGCUUCAGUCAAGUCCAGCAGGUCUCAUAAGUCUACCUGCAGCAGGAGGGCUGAGAGUCAAAGAUCUCAACCAGCCGAUGUCCCUGUUAUUGAAACAACAGGAGGAGACGAGGUCGGAGACGAGAAAGAGAGAGCAGCCAGUGUCAUUUCAGCUAAAUCUAACGCUUCAGCAAAGACCCGCAGGUCUGACAAGUCCACCUGUAAUGGAAGUGCUGAAGCGAUCUCUCCAGCGGCUCAAGAUAUUCCCUCUAUUGAGACGACAGGUGAAAAAGAGCAGGGGGACAAAGAGGACGAGAAAUCUGAGGAGAGAUCAGCUAGCGUCAUGUCGGCUAAAUCCACCACCUCUGACAAGUCCACCAGGUCUCAUAAGUCCAGCAGUAGUAAGAGGGCUAAAACGCCAGCUGAUGUCCCUGUUGUUGAGACCACCGGAGAAGACGAGAAGGGAGAGGGGACAGAGAGACCAGCGAGUGCCAUGUCGACUAAAUCCAACGUUUCAGCAAAGUCCAGCAGGUCUCACAAGUCCACCUGUAAUAGUGGAAGUGCUAGAGCGGUCUCUCCAGCACCUAAAACAGCAGACGUCCCAGCCAUUGAAACAACAGAGGUUGACCGUGAGGGAGAGAAAACAGAGGAGAGACCAGCUAGCGCCAUGUCGGCUAAAUCUCACAUCUCAGCUAAGUCCAGUACAUCUAAUAAGUCUAAUGCAAGUAACAGAAGUAUGUUUCCGCACCUGAAAAAAGAGAGAGGUGAGAGAGGCGUUAGACCCCUCCCCAGCACUACAGGAGAUGACCUUGAGACCGGCUGUGUGAAAUCUGCCAUGAGCACAAACCUCAAAGGUAAAGCGGAUUCCUCCCCCACCAGACCCCUCUCCAGAACAUCACAGACCAGCGCAAAACCUACCAAUCGAACACCGCCUGCCACCACCGAGACAGCCAAUGAGGAGUCACGAAGUCAAGCCGCCAGCAAGGCUGCAGACAUAGCUGAUGUCACAGAGGAGUCCAGCGUACGCUCCAAGAGCCCUGCCAAAGCAGCUGGAGACUCCAGGCCUGUGUCUGCUUCCUCCGCCCGCUCCACCGGGUCAAAGGGGAAAGUUGAGAAGGCCAGCGAUGCCCAUGAGGAGGAGAGUCCAAAUACAAGCGCCUCCGACUUCCUGCAAGUGAAAGGUCAAGGUCACAGAGUCAAAGCUCAGAGUGACACAGGCAGCGUUCGCUCUGUGAAGACGGUGAUAGAAAGGAAUUCCAGACCAAAGUCACCGCGAGCGAGAGACCCUGUCCCCCAGUCCCCCAGUACCACCAUUCAAUUGGAGACGGCCAGCAUCAGUGACAGCCUCCUCUCUCAGUUCCUGUCAGCUGCUGACCUACUCAAGGGGAACAUUGCCGCCUUGCGCCCCUCCAGCCCUGUAGGGUCAACGGUUAGCCUCACUGAGAGCGGGAAGAGUGGACAGAGUCGGAGGAGCAGGAAACCCGAACAGGAAGAGGUAGAGUUAGAGGAGCUGGAUCCCCUCUGUCUGCCUAACACCUUGCCCAACGACGUUGUCAGUGAUUGGCUGAGAGGCAUACCUGCCGACGGCGGUAUGGAUAGCCCUGAAGACGAGAUGAACAAGGGAAUUGAGGAGACAGAAGAAGGAGAGGAAGCCGUGGAGAAAGGAGGGGAAACAGAGGGACAGGGAGGAGAGGAGACUGAGGAGAAACAAGAACCGGUUGAGACCACAGUUCUGGAGCAGGAGAACACGGCUGAACCAGGACAACAGGAAGAGGAACAGGAAGUGAAGGAGGCUGCAGAGCACCCAGAGGAAGAGGAGGAGGUGAAAGAGGAAGAGGAAGAGAGGGGAGAGGAGGAGGGAGUAGCAGUGGAGCAAGAGAAGGAAGAAAAAGAAGAAGAGAGGGAGGAGGGAGGAGAAGAGGGGGGAGAGUGUGCUGGCUUCUGCCCUGACCCAGCCCCGCCCACCAAGGACAUCACUUCCUCUCAUCCUCGCCACCUGUUCCUCAGUAAAGAAUCAGAGCUGCCUCGGAGCUGCCACUCAUCUGUGGCAGUAAUGAAGGUUCUACUGAGCCCUACACUGGGCCGAUGCAGCUCCCUGCCAGAGAUAAGUCCUGUGUACGGACGCAGACUGAGCUCCUCUGCUAAAGGUCUGCUGGACUGUCUGGCCCAGCUGCAGCUCAUCGACCCACCCUCUCUCCCAGCUGCAGCUCCAAGCCCUGACAGGGACCAGCGAUACCAAGAGGUCAUGGAUAUACUAGAGUCACUGUGGCUGUCUAAGCCCAACCCCGGCAAGGGGAAUGAGGGAGAGGCAGAGGGGAAGGAGAGGUUGAAAGACUCUGGUGUGGACCUGAGCAGUGGCUCAGCUGGGUCGGGGGGUUCUGGGAAGACCAGACCAGAUGAAACAGCGGGUGACAUCACUCCCAUAGCAGAGGGAGAGGAAGAGGGAGGGGAGGCAGAGGGAGAGGAAGGAGAGGAGGCAGGAGAGACAGAGGAAGGGGAGGGAGGAGAGGGGGAGGAAGGAGUAGGAGAGACAGGAGGAGAGGGAGAGACAGAGGGAGGAGAGGGAGAGACAGAGGGAGGAGAGGGGGAGGAAGGAGUAGGAGAGACAGAGGGAGGAGAGGGAGAGACAGAGGGAGGGGAAGGAGCAUCAGCAGAGCUGCUUUCAGACACGGCCACCCCAGACAUCGCCAGCCGAGUACAGAGCAGUCCAGGGGAGGAUGAGGCGAUCUCAGAGUCGCCCGCAGGGAGAGGUGAGAUGAUGCAGACUCCUGAGAGCCUCAAAGCCCCAAGAAGCCCAUCCUCUUCAAACAGCACGGCCUAUAAGUCCCCCACUGACAUAGAGAGAGACACCCCGGAGGACACCCCUAGCUCAGGGACACCUCCGUCAGUCCAGCGAGCGAUGCUCACUAAGCGUGUCUCCCAGGACCCUGACCCGGUCUGGGUUCUCAACCUGCUGAAGAAGCUGGAGAAACAGUUUAUGACCCACUACGUCGACGCCAUGGCUGAGUUCAAGGUGCGUUGGGACCUAGACAACAAUGUGAUGUUGGACACUAUGAUCACUGAGCUGAGAGACGAGGUGAAGAAGAGGAUCCAGACGAGCAUUGAUCGUGAGCUGAGGAAGAUCCGGGGGCGUGCAGGGCGGGGGGGCGUGCCGCGCCCCCCUAUCCUGUCCCGCGAUUCAACCGUUACAGACCAGAGGAGGCGGAGGCUAAAGGUUAUGAAGGUUCAGUCAGUGAACAAGAGUGACGGGGAGCAGGGUUCGGGGGCCGAUGUUAGUGACCAACGCAGCGAGGGUGAGGAUGAGUACUGUCCCUGUGACGCCUGCAUACGGAAGAAGGCGGAUGUCCAACAAAUCAAAAUGGAAGCUGUGGUCGCCACAGCGCCGGUGAUGAUGGCGUUUGAUCUGCGGAAGAUCCUGCUGAUGAAGAAAGACUCAAAGCCUCUUGCGCCCUCUAGCCCCACGGAGGGGUUGAACAAUGAUCGCCUGGAAUUGGAGGAGAAGAAGAAAGAGGAAGGAGAGGAGGGUGUAAAUCCAGAGGUGGUACACAAAGACGAGGAAGAGGAGGAGACCAAGGAGGAUAUUAUACCAACUGUUGUCAUAGAGGAAGCUAUCCCUGAGGAGGAAGAGGAAGGAGUGACUGAGGGAGAGGAGGAAGUACAGGAGAGUGAUGGAGCUGAGUCUGUGAUGGGGGAAGUAGAGGAGGAGAUAGCUGAUGAGAUAGAGACUGAAGAACAGGAGGAUGGACUGGUGGAGGGAACAGAGGAUGAGGAGGAGGAGGAAGGAGAGAUGGGAGGUGAAAUUUCAGGAGAAGAUGGCGUGGACGCGGAGGAGACUGGAGAGGGGGAGGAGUUAGUAGAAGGGGAGGAGGAAGGAGCAGGGGACGCUGAAGCAGUGCAGGAGGAUCAAGCGGGAGGAGAUGAAAAUACUGUUGAUGGACCAGCAGAGGGGGAUGAGGUGGUGGAAGAGAUGGGAGAGGGGGAGGAGGCGGGUGAGGAGGGAGUAGAGACAGGAGAGGGAACAGCUGAGGAGGAUGAAACAGGAGGAGAGGAGGAGGAGGAUGGAGGAGAGGAGGCAGAGGAGAACAAUGUGGUGUCUGAAUUCAAGGUGGAAGAAGAGGAGGAGGAAGAGAAUGAAAACACAGCAGGAGAGACAAGUGGAGAGGAGGAGGGAGAGACGGGAGCAGAGGGAGAGACUCCUGAGGAAGGCACAGAGGGCAAGGUGGGGGUGGAGGAUGCUGUGGAGGAGUUGAAUCCUGAAGAAGAGAAUGAAGAGGUGAAAGAGGGAAACAGAGAAAUCCCCCUGAUAAGCCAGAUGACCAGAACCUCUGUGGAGUCCCAGCCAGGAUCUAUGGAGAACACAGUUUCACCAAUGCGCUCUUUAACACCCAUUGAGACCAAGGAAACCGGCUCUGAUGGACACAAGAUGGCGUCUGCAGGUGAGGGGUCUGGGGGGAAAGGCCAGAGGAGGAGCCGAUCUCCAGCCAGAGCCAAACGCAGGAAACCCAAAGAGAGCGAUAUAGAACUAGAUGAUCUAGAAAUGUAACCCUCAAAGGACAUAGUAAUGAUCUAUGACGUCCAGUUCUAUCACAGAAGAUAGAACUGGACGUUCUAGAUCUGCAAGCCUCACAGUCACAUAAAGCACUUUAUAAUCCCCUCUCUAGGUUAAGAAUAUCUAUACCGGAGGUAUUGCACAGGUGAAGGUAGAUUCUGCCAAGUCAGAGUGGCAUGUACUUGUUAUUGUUAUGGAAGGGUAUAACUGAAACAAUCAUAACAUUACGAACCAUAAGAUGUCAUGUGAAAAUUAUAUUUGUAUAUUUCUAGAAACCAAUUGUAUUUAUGUCUGAUUUUAUUUUCCUGGAGGGAUAUAUAUACUCUACUGUAUAGAGGGGUGUAUAUUCUCUACUGUCUGGAGGGGUGUAUAUUCUCUACUGUAUAGAGGGGUGUAUAUACUCUACUGUAUAGAGGGGUGUAUAUUCUCUACUGUAUAGAGGGGUGUAUAUUCUCUACUGUAUAGAGGGGUGUAUAUUCUCUACUGUAUAGAGGGGUGUAUAUUCUCUACUGUAUAGAGGGGUGUAUAUUCUCUACUGUAUAGAGGGGUGUAUAUUAUCUACUGUAUAGAGGGGUGUAUAUUCUCUACUGUAUAGAGGGGUGUAUAUUCUCUACUGUAUAGAGGGUGUAUAUUCUCUACUGUAUAGAGGGGUGUAUAUUCUCUACUGUCUGGAGGGGUGUAUAUUCUCUACUGUAUAGAGGGGUGUAUAUUCUCUACUGUCUGGAGGGGUGUAUAUUCUCUACUGUAUAGAGGGGUGUAUAUUCUCUACUGUAUAGAGGGGUGUAUAUUCUCUACUCUAUAGAGGGGUGUAUAUUCUCUACUGUCUGGAGGGGUGUAUAUUCUCUACUGUAUAGAGGGGUGUAUAUUCUCUACUGUAUAGAGGGGUGUAUAUUCUCUACUGUA